UAGACUGGCCGAAAAGGGCGGGAAAAGUGGUCUUCCGGUGUUACGUCACGUUUCUUCCUGCGUCUUGUAUCAUCCUUUUCCGGCGCUUUUCGUGCGUCACUACGGCUAGUUGGUCGCGGUGUUCGUUCCGUUUCCGGUUACUUACAGGCGGACGAUUUGCAGUGAAGAUGGCGUACCGUGGACAGGGGCAGAAAGUACAAAAAGUGAUGGUUCAGCCCAUCAAUCUUAUUUUUAGGUAUUUACAAAACAGAUCUCGGAUCCAAGUGUGGCUGUAUGAGCAGGUGAACAUGCGUAUUGAAGGCUGCAUUAUUGGUUUUGAUGAAUAUAUGAAUCUGGUUUUGGAUGAUGCUGAAGAAAUCCAUAUGAAGACAAAGUCACGGAAGCAGCUUGGUCGUAUUAUGCUUAAAGGAGACAACAUUACUUUGCUACAAAGUGUUGUAAAUUGACCACAUCUAGUUCCUUUUAUUUGUUUGAAUUUUUUUUUUUAUUAUUAUUGUUUAAUACAAAGUUUGGAGCCCCUAUUAUUUUUUCUUCUUCUCUUGGAAACUAGUGAUGGCUGUGUACAUUGUUUUUUGAUAAAUAACCUCUAAUUCAAGUUUGUAUUGUUGCUUGUUGUAUAAAUUGCAGCUGUACGGGUGGGUAAUGUUGUUUAUAUUAUCCAACAUUCUGACUUCACAGAUCUAAAAUGAGUGAGCUCUAUCAAGGUUUAUAUCUGCAAAAAGCUAGAUCCAUUACUUCCGUGUAUAUAUGCCGUUUACAUAGGCGUGGCAGCAAAUGGCACUGGCAAGGAAGUCAUAUUGGUCAUCAACUUGAUUACAUCUGGCUUCAAUAUAUCAAAGAUUGAUGACUUUCAAUGUUUUGUCUAAAAGAUGUUGGAAUGAUAAUAAGCAACUUACAAAGUUCAUUAUAGUUAACAUCUGCACCCAUUUUGCCUAUUUGAUUCCCCUAUCUGUCUGAUGCGUUUGAUUAGCAGUCCUGUCAACAAGAUGGUGUUCUAUGGAGAAGCAUGUGACCAUGAAAUUACUUCUCUAUAGAAAUGCACUGAGCAUAAAGUAGUGCUGGCGCAAUGAAGUAGGUUACAUUGUAUAGUCACAUACUCCUCCAUAGGGGGUUUUCUUAUAGACUGCAUCUCUGCCACAUCAGUCAGUGGGGAGACUGAGGGGACAGAGCCUCCUUGGUAUGCAGAAUGAGGUGCAGAAGAUGCUUACUAAACUGGCAGUAAUAUAUGAACAAAGAAGACGGGCGCCUGGCACCGGCACCACUACCGUGAUGUGCAUACUGAAGACAACAUUCCUACUCAACUCAGGAAUCAAGUGAACAGACAGAGCGGUGCUCAGGUGCAGAAACAAAGUCUGUAAUCACUAGUAGCAACAAGAAAAGUUAAAAC